CCCCACUGCCAGGCCCCACCUGUCACCUCUGCCUCCGCCAUCAUGGUGAUGUCCCCGCUGCCGUGGCGCGCGCUGGUGGCCGUGUCCCUCUGUGUCCUGCUGUGCCUGGCGGCCGCGUACCCCCCGAAACCCGAGAGCCCCGGGGACGACGCGUCCCCCGAGGAGAUGGCCCGGUACUUCUCGGCCCUUCGCCACUACAUCAACCUGGUGACGCGGCAGAGGUACGGGAAACGCUCCAGCCCCGGCUCCGCGGUGGCGGAGCUGCUCCUGGGGGCCGGCAGUGACAGGUCACGGUUCGAUGACGACUCCUCGUGGUGACCGCCCCGCCCAGCCCCCCUGUCCCCCAAAUCCUCCCCAUCUCUCCAGGUCCCCCCAGGGGACCCAGGGCCAGCGCGGGACCCCCCGCUGGAGGGCCGGGGACCCCCAGAACCCGGCCCGGGGGCGUCCCGCUGUCGGGGGGAGCCCCCGACCCCGUCCCCUCCCCACCGCUGUCGGGGGGGCCCCGCGUGGUCCCUGCACGGCGACAAUAAAGAGCAGC